GUUCACUCGUUCGCCAGAAAUAAUAGUUACUCAUAAUUUUUAAUACUUGAUUUAAAAAUUUAAAAAUGAUUUUUUCAAAACAUAAUUUUAUGAUCGGUGUUGUGGUAGUUUAUGUUAUUUUCUACUUCAAUGGCAUUGUAGCUUCAGAUAAAGAACUAAGUUGUUUGGAUGCAUUGAAACAGGAUGGAUUAGAUAACAUACUAAUGGUUGAAGAAAAAAUUAGUAAGUAUAUUACUAUAUUUAGUAGUAUAUCUAAUUAUGGAACGAGCUAUGUGAUAUAUCUUAUAUCCCUUGUUAAAAGACCCGAACGUAUGCUACCACCUGAAACUUGGUGUGAGAUUGAGGAUUGUUCUAUUUUGUUUUUGUUUCCAUUAUCAGGUACUGAAUUUAACACCUAUAUCAGGGAUGCAUCACGUGCAAUAAGCAAAUAUGACAAGCAUAAGUACGGUUGUACUAUUAAUGAAAACUACGAAAAUGACAAGAAAAUAAAAGAAGACAAUUUAAUAAGUCUUAAAUUCGUUUUUAGACGGGAACCAUUAACGUGGUGCGUGAUUCAAGCUUGUUACACAUCAUUACUACAAAAGGGUUUCGAUGAUGUACCAGCUCAAAUUAAUAGAGAAUUAGUAGCUAAAUCCGUUACAGAGAAACAUUCACAUGCAUAUCGCUUCUUUAAAUUCAUCAAUCCAUCAAUAACAAUUUUAAAAAAAAAGGCUAAACCAGUUUACAUUGACUCCAAUACAACAGCAGCGCCAUUUGAUGUUAAUCUGUUAUAUGAAUAUCCAUUAAAUUGGUGUGCGGUUGAAGUGUGUCACAGAGAUUUGAAACGUGCAGGUUUCGAGUUUGAUACUUUUCAAGAAAGUUACAACUUUUUGCCGAAAAUAAGUAAGUUAUAA